CUAGCAACACAAUUGUUAUCUUGUUCCAGAAAAAAUAUUAAUGUUAGACCGCAGUAAGUGCACAUGCAUGUUGUUCGUUUACUUGUUUCUGUAUUGAUGAUGUCGGUGUCUCUGUCGAAUCAGAAAGUCAAAAUAAGACAUGUCUUUUCGUAGGAGAGUGUGACUGGAAGCCCUGUAAAACAAUUGUGUAUUGUUGCCGCUCUGUCAGUUUAAAAGAUAUCACUGGUUUGUUGUAAAAUGAUAUUAGAUGAUGUUAAGCAUUAACCACCAGCACACGUGGCAGUCUUAAAGUCAGCUGUUUACUUACGUACCAUUUCCCUUUGGAUUGAUAAAGUUUCCACAAUACCUGGCUGGAUAGAGGCGGACAGAAAGAGAGUUAUGAAUGACAUCAUCACCACCAUGUUUAACAAAAAGUUCCUGGAGGAGCUUUUUAAGCCGCAGGAGCUUUAUUCCAAGAAGGCCCUACGGACUGUGUUUGACAGGUUGGCCCAUGCAUCCAUAAUGAGACUCAAUCAAGCUAGUAUGGACAAGCUCUAUGACUUGAUGACCAUGGCUUUCAAGUAUCAGGUGCUUCUCUGUCCACGACCUAAGGACAUCCUCCUUGUGUCCUUCAACCACAUGGAUGCAAUCAAAGACUUUGUGAAAGAUACUCCCAGCAUUCUCAGCCAGGUUGAUGAGACUUACCGACAGCUGAUAGAGAUGUAUACGCCUUUGUCCAGUGGUGAAUUCCAGCUGAUUAGACAAACUCUUCUUAUCUUCUUUCAAGACAUGCAUAUAAGGGUAUCUAUUUUCCUCAAGGACAAAGUGCAGAAUUCAAAUGGCCGCUUUGUUCUUCCCACCAGUGGUCCUGUGCCCCAUGGCACUCAAGUCCCUGGCUUGAUAAGGAUUUUCAGCUGUACAGGUGAGGAAUUCACCAGGCUGAAGUUCAAUAAUGGAGGGAACUAUACCACUGCACUCCGUGAAGGAUCUUUUGACAUCUUUGGUGAUAGAGUCACAAAACUGGGCACAAACAUGUACAGUGUAAGUCGCCCAGUGGAAACUCACAUGUCUGGCACAUCUAAAAAUUCUGCUCAGCAUACAAAGGUCAGCGCUGCUCCAAACCCUCUGGCCAAAGAGGAACUGAACCUGCUGGCCAGGUUAAUGGGAGGGUUAGAAGUUCAGAAACCAGGAAACGCAGACACUGGCUUCCGAAUUAAUCUCUUUGCUACUGACGAAGAAGAAGAAGAGGCAUUAAUAUCAAGACCCGAUGAGCUUUCAUAUGGAGUCAUAAACAUCCAAGCAACCAAGGACCAGCAAGCCAAUGCAGAGUUGGCCAAGAUCAUGGGUGAAUUUACAGAGUCAGGAGAUCAGUCUCCCAGUGUCAGCAACAAAGGGGACGACCUUCUGGCCAUGAUGGACGGUUUGUGACAUGGUCACAGUGACAGAAAUGGCCAGGGAUUGGGAACAUUGCGUUGUCAACAGUCCGCACUACUAAAGACCAGUCUGCUUUCCAUACCUGCAAAUGCACUACAGCAGAAUCACAUGCAGCCAGAAAAACUGCUUGCUCAAGUGCUUUUACAAAGCAGAUGUGAGCAGUUUUGUUGUCAGACGAUCAGCUGCAUAUUUGCAUUCAAGAACAAAGAAUGUGUGGUGAGGCAAGCAUUAAGCUGUAAUAGUAUGUUUGCUGUAAACACAAAGGUAUUUCAGUUCAAUGUACAGUUGGCUUAUUGUAUAUUAGUUUAUUGACCAUGUGAUAAUAGCAAAACAAGUGUUUAUACGGUGCAAUAUCUUGCAGUUUUUAUUCUAUUCUAUGUAAUAUUCUUUAAAUUCAUUUAUUUUAACAGUUGCAAUGACCGAACAGUUUGAGUCAAUUUUCAGACUGAGUCCAGUUUGGUGGUUCUUUAUUUCUAAUUAUUCCCCUUUUGAAUUGUAUCUUAAUUUACACCAUCCAGAGAAGAAGUUUGUGAAUUCUUCUGUUCUAAUGAACAAGUGACUACGUGAUGAGAGAAGUGGAGGAAACCCAAGUGCUCUUUUUCAGUGUGACAUGAAUUCUUUAAAGUCUUUAUUUGGUAACAAAUGUUUUUGUUAUCAUACUGUUCUACCUUAAAAGAGUCUGAGGAGCAACUUGUAAGACAUAUUCCAUUAUCCUGUGAUGUGUAUGUAUGUAAAGUAUAGAAAUGUGCUUAUAGAAAUGAGUACAUUGUUAUAGUAUAACAUAAUGCAAUAUGACUGUGUGAUAUGUAAAUAUGUUUAUUGCAUAUACUUGAUUUUCUAUGUAGGCGAGUCCAUAUUGCUGCUUUUGUUGAAUGUGCAGUGUAGUGUUUGGGGGGUUUGAUUUUU